GUAGAAAGCACUGAAAACGAGAGUUAACUGUCAAAACCUUGGUUUAUUGCAGAGCAUGAAACAGAAACUUCCAAGAUAUGCUCGUUUGAAAAUCAAAUCUUGUUUUGUAGAAGAGCAGGAACUGUUGGGGUCAAUGCAAUAAAAGAAAACCUCAAAAGGCUGUGACUGGUUGCCAUAGCAGCCAUUUUCAACCUUCAAAAUUUAUUUUCUCUUCGUGAGUGCAAUCCCACGCAAUUGAUCUUUCUUUAACAUACUUAAACAAACUUUUUGGUCCAUUUUAGUGUACUAUUCCACCAUAACCCCUAAUGUUAUGACUAACACCCCCGGCCCCGUCUUUUUAUACGGAAGUCCUCCCCCGGUAUCGGGGAUGCCCGUCGGAGUAGGCUUCCGCUGUUCAGGAAAGGAGCCCGCGGUAGUGGACCCCAGUAGACCCACUUACCACUGGACUGGAUCGGGUCUAAGAACGGAAAUAAGAUUGUCUUUUUUAUUGUUUUUUCUUCGUGUUAACCCUAAAAAUAGUGUUUCGUCAUGAAAACCCUAAGUGAGACCAGAAUCCUUGAUUUGUACCUUUACGCGAGACGACGAGCAUUCCCGAACUUUUCACCUGAGAUUCUCCCCCGAAAGGGCGCGUCACGGGGAGAGAAACUUGUGCGCAACAUGAACCGUAAACGAAGAAUCAUUAGAAAGGCAAAAUAUUAAAAAACCCUUUGCCUCGCAAACUGUGUACUGCAAAGUUUUAGCUUGACGAGCAAAGGAGUUGUUAAACCGUAAUCUGAUAUAGUCAAAUCAUCAAUUAAAUUGUGUCUCGUGAUCAACUUCUCAAAUGACAAACACAAAGGCGAUGAUAUAUUUUGUUUCCUCUGGCAUUAGUAGCUGCAGCAACAUUUUUGGGCGCAAAAUCUGCGCUUGUCAAACAAAACUGAGGACUGAAGUAUUCCACUGGACUGGAGAACCAUGAUUUCGACCCUUCAAAUAAGGGUCUUUGCAUUCUGUGCAUUUUUGCCUCUGGUCACGUCAAUAAUAGUGUCCACAAAGUACGGCGAGUUCGAAGGUCUUGUAGUUCCGUACCCGAGUGCCUCAGGUCCGUUCAAGUCUGUCAGCAAAUUUCUUGGCGUUCCUUUCGCCGCUCCGCCGGUUGGAGAGCUCAGACUAAAAGCGCCAGAACCGCCACAAGAGUGGAAAACGAACGUCCGCCCGGCGAAGAAGCAUGGGAACGUUUGUUGGCAAGAUAAACGCUUUGAGUAUUUGAUAACGUACUUCGAGCCAAAUUUCUCGUUCAGCGAGGAUUGUUUGUAUCUCGAUAUCUACUCUCCGAAUGUUAGUGCGAGUUUACCUGUGAUGGUUUACAUUCAUGGUGGAUCUUACGAGCUCGGAACUGCUGUCUUAUUUCCCGGCGACAUUUUAGCCCUACACGGGGUGGUGAUAGUUGUGAUCCAGUAUCGUCUCGGUCCCUUUGGCUUCUUGACGACCGGGGAUUCUGCGGCCCCUGGGAAUUUUGGAAUGUUGGAUCAAGUGGAGGCUCUGAAGUGGGUCAAAGAGAACAUUGAAUAUUUUGGAGGAGAUCCCAACAAGGUGACCAUAUUUGGAGCAAGUGCUGGCGCGACAAGUGUAACCCUGCAUCUGUUGUCGCCUCUAUCUAAGGGUCUCUUUCAACAAGCCAUUGCAGAGAGUGGUGUGGAUUUGAGCCCCUUUGCAAUUCAGCCGGUUUCCUUUGGACUCCGUUUUGCUAAAGAGCUUGCUCAAAACUUGGAUUGUACUACAAGCGACCACAGCGCAAUGGUUGCCUGUAUACGCAGUAAGAAAGGCGAGGAAAUACAGAAUGCUUCCAACUCGAUAACUUAUCAGUUCUAUGAAUAUUUGCGCUGGGCGCCAGUGGUAGACAAGAAUUUUCUUCUCGAUACGCCUCAGAAUUUACGAAAUAAAGGAGAUUUUAAGAAAGUGAAGUUGAUGAUCAGUUUUAACAGUCAGGAGGGAGGGACAACUCUUGGAUUCAUGGCGAACUCGUCUUUUGGGAUGGCGGAAAGUGUGGACGAUGGAGUGAGUCCGUCAUUUUUUAAAGGAUUUAUAACAAAGCUUGCCCACGGUCGCAACAGCAGAGAAGACAACGCCGACCUAAUCGCGGAGGCGUUGCAGUUUAUGUACACACCAUGGCCUGACAAAAACGACAAAUACGCACUGAGAAGCCAACUUGUGGACCUCAUCGGUGAUUACAUUUACUUUGCACCAAGUCACGAGGUUGCUGAUAUUCACAGCAAAGUCGCUCCUGUGUACAUGUACGAGUUCGCACAUCGCAGAACGAUAGGAAAUAAGAACAAGGAGUGGAUGGGUGUGGUCCAUGCUGAUAACGUGCCCUACGACUUUGGACACCCUUUUUUCCCUGUGAUUUCCUUAGGUUUUGAUGCAGGCGAUAGAAACGUCAGUUUGUUUAUCAUGAGAAUGUACACAAACUUCGCUAAGAACGGCGAUCCAACAUCCCAGCCAGUCAGCGGUGUUACGUGGGAGAAGUACAACAGCAGUCACAGAGCUUACUUGCGAGUUGACGCUCAUCCCAAGAUGUCGGCGGUGUUUGCUCCUCGCCGAAUGGCUUUCUGGAAUGAUUACUAUCCUAAACUGGCACAAGUAAAGUUUGAUACCAAAGUGUCCAGCGGUGCUAGCCAUAAAAUUACCAUGACAAUGUUUCUCAAGGUUGCUUUCGUCUUUAUGUUUACUCUGUUCCAGUGAGGGAAGUUUCAAUGCGUUUUUUGAAAAGCCGAAGAGGGAUGGAAUAAUAACUUUACCAUGUUUAAUUUAUCCCGAGUUACUUUUGAUUACCAUAUAACAAGUAAAGUUUGAUACCGUAGACGAAUUCGAAGUGUCCAGCGGUGCUAGCUUUGACAUUACCAUGGCAGUAUUUCUUAAGGUUGUAUUCGGCGUUAUUUUUGCGUUGUUCCACUGAAGGAAUUUUCAACACGAUGCACUUUUUGUAAGGAGAAGCCAAAGAGUGAUCAAAAUAACUGGAUUAUAUUUGUCCUGUACAUGUGAUACUAUUUAUUACUAAAACUAAUGUUGUUUUCGACGCGAAAUAGCUUAGUUCAAUACAUAAAUAGUUUUUGUAAUGAAUGAUAAACAUGCAAUAAUCCUA